AUGUCCCAGGCUCUGGAGCAAGCAGAUGGCAGGUGGGCCUGGGCAGUCCUGCUGGCCUCACUGGUGAACCAGGCCCUCACCCUGGGCUUCCCUUCUUGCAUUGGCGUUUUCUUCACUGAUCUGCAACGUGACUUCCAGGCCACCAACAGUGAGACCUCAUGGUUUCCCUCUCUCAUGGGGGCCAUGAUCCAUGGUGGGGGACCCCUGUGCAGCAUCCUGAUAAAACGUUUCGGCUGCCGAGUGACCACGAUACUGGGGGGCAUGCUGUCCAGCCUGGGCAUGGUGGCCAGCUCCUUCUCUGGCUCACUCAGCCAGGUCUUCCUCACAGCAGGAUUGAUCACAGGCCUGGGCAUGUGUUUCAGCUUCCAGUCAAGCAUCACAGUGCUGGGCUUGUAUUUCAUCCGCCGUCGGCCACUAGCCAAUGCACUGGCCUCCAUGGGCAUCUCUAUAGGCAUCACUCUCUGGCCACUGCUGGCCCGAUAUCUUCUGGAAACCCUAGGCUGGAGAGGCGCCUUCCUCAUCUUCGGUGGCAUCUUUCUCCACUGUUGUGUAUGUGGAGCCAUCCUGAGGCCUGUUGCCACCAACGUGGUCCCUGAGCCCAAAGAAGAUCCCCCUCUACCUCUCAAGACACCUACACGCAGCUGCCUGGCAACAUGCGUCUCAACCAUCCAGUACCACCUGGCCUUUGACAUCCUUCGGCACAAUAUGGCCUUCUGCAUAUAUGUAGCAGGUGUGACGUGGAUGAUCCUGGGUUUCCCACUGCCGCAUAUCUUCCUGGUGCCAUACGCUAUGCACCAUGGGGUGGAUGAGUAUCGGGCAGCCAUGCUCAUGUCAGUAGUCGGCUUCUGCAACAUCUUCCUACGGCCGGUGGCAGGGCUGCUGGUAGGCAGGAAGAGCUUGGCUGCCUACCGAAAGUAUCUGUUUACCACCGCGAUCCUUGUUAAUGGGCUCACCAAUUUAAUAUGCACAGUGUCAGCAGACUUCUCGGUGCUCCUGAGUUAUUGCCUGGUGUACAGCCUGUCCAUGUGUGGCAUUGGGAUCCUCAUCUUCCAGGUCCUCAUGGACAUCGUCCCGAUGGAUCGAUUCCCCAGUGCCCUGGGCAUCCUCACUGUCCUAUGUGGUGUGUCUUCUCUCAUCUCUCCACCACUGGCUGGACUCCUGCUGGACAUAACCAACAACUUCAGCUAUAUUUUCUCGGCAUCCAGCUUCUUGCUCAUCUCAGCCUCCAUCUUCAUAGGAGUGGGCUUCUACGCCGCGGAGAAGCAGCAGCUGAAGCAAAAAGGGCCAGCCAAGGUAGAGGACACCAUCUCAGAGAUUACCCCAAUGCAGGGUCUUACCUCAGAAGACAAGGACGGUGCCAAGAAGCAACUGUGCCCUGAAAACAUGUACGUGACCACUGUCUGA